UCCCGGAUAUUGAGAGCGCCGGAAGAGAAGCAGGUGUCUGCCUUGGCCAUCUUGUGGUUGUCCACCGUGAGCAGUUCGCUCGAAGCCUCGAAUAAUCCGAGGAGAAUCCCGCUGUUGGGGCGCCAUCAUGCCCGGGCAUCUGCAAGAAGGCUUCGGCUGCGUCGUUACUAAUCGGUUCGACCAGCUUUUAGACGACGAGUCCGACCCGUUCGAGAUAUUGAAGGCGGCCGAGAACAAGAAGAAAGAUGCGGCCGCGUCAGGAGGCUCGAAGACGGCAGCGCAAGCCGCCAAACAGCCGAAGAAAGAGUCUCAGAAAGACAGGAAAAAUACAGCACAGGAUAAGAAAGAAGAAGUCCAGGCCCCUGUUCCUCUGAAGAAAGAGGGUAUAAGGAGGGUUGGCCGAAGGCCGGAGCAGCAAGGUCAAGCCGGUACUCAACACCAAGGAGGUCAAGGAGAGGGACGUCUCACCGACAGGAGGCCUGACAGACGACCACCUCGUGAACGGCGCUUCGACAAACCAGCUGACGACAAACCAGAGGGUGGCGAUUUUACUGCAGACAAGCCAGCUGGAGACAAGCCGUCUAGAGGGCGUGGUGUCGGCCGUGGGGGCAGAGGUGCCCGUGGACGAGGUAUGGGACGUGGAGAUGGCUUUGAUUCCCGGGGGAAACGUGACUUUGACAGACACAGCGGCAAUGACAAAUCUCGACCGAAAGGAGAUGAGAAGCGUGGCGGAAGUGGCUUGCACAACUGGGGCAACGUAAAGGAAGAAACCAGUGAACUUGAUCAGUCAACUGCACCUGAACCCGUUCCUGAAGGAGAGGAGAACGCCCCUGCCGACUCUGAAAACAAGGAAAAUGAAGUGGAGGAGGUGAAGGAGGAAGGCCCGAAGGAGAUGACACUGGACGAGUGGAAGGCCAUGCAGGAUAAAGAACGCGCCAAAGCUGAAUUCAACAUUCGCAAGCCCAACGAGGGGAACGACGGUCAGUGGAAGAAGGGUUACGUACUGCACAAGUCAAAGAGCGAGGAAGUCGGCACUCGGCACGCUGGAGCUGUGAUAGAAGCUGGAGAUGUUGAUCCUGACUCAUUUCACAAGGCAGAAGAAGGUACCGGAGAUCAUCACUUACGUAAACCAGCCAAUGACAUCACCUCCCAGCUGGAGAUUAACUUCGGAGACUUGGGUCGACCAGGACGUGGCCGCGGGGGCUCUCGUGGAGGCCGUGGGGGUCGUGGUGGUCCCGGUGGCGGCGGCAGUGGUGGAGGUGGGCGGCCAAGCCGAGGUGGAGGCAGAUCUGAGAAGGGUGGAGGAGUUUCUGUCCCUAAUGUGGAUGAUCCUGAGGCUUUUCCAGCACUGGCUUAAACCUCCUAAACUUCCUCCGGGCCCACUCCUCUUCGACGCUUGCAUGCUUAUGGAUUCUUCGAAAAGCAGAAAAGAGAAGAAAAAAAAUCAAACACGAGAGACUGUCAUCCGUACCUACACUGAGUACUGACUUUUACCUGCGGAGAAACACACAAAUGGACUUCUUGUUACACUGAAGCAAAUUAUUGGUAGAGGUUUUGUAUUUAGAGACUUGAUAGCAGGGAUGUUCAUACAGUAUUUUUUUUUCCCCUUUCUUUUCUCCAGAGAUUAUGCAUUCGCCAUAAAUAUUUUUUUAAUGCUGCUUGAAUGUAUGCGUUUUCAAGAUAGAAUUUGAAGUGUGUUGUGAACGCUUAUGCUUCCCUUGAGACAGUGUGGUGUCCACCAUAUGUGUUUUGAGUACUGUUCUCUCAAUGGCUCUACCAAAAGCAGAAUGUUGGGUUUUAUUUCCAAGUGAGAUACAACAUCACUUGGAUAUUUUACUGUUAAUAAUAUAUACAUGAGUAAUGUUUAUUGACUAUUUUAAAUGUUUUGAAAGAAAGCUCUAAGGUCAAGUUACCCUUUGGGUUAUUUUUUUUUUCUUGGCCUGUAGCAAGAAGCGAAUGCAUCGUCUUGAUUUUGCUUUGGUUGAUGUUUCGUGACGUCCUCUGGUGCACCAGUGAAAUUAGUAUACAUACUUGUCUGUCUUCCUCCUCUUGUUCAAGCACCAGGGUUCAGCGUAGAUCCAGGCUGGUCCUUGUAAGUCAUAUAAGUUUGUCUCUUAGAAAACUUAGGACUACUGUCUGAACUGUAUGUGUGAGUGUGUGUGUGUGUGUGUGUGUGUGUGCCGAGUGUGCGAGAAAUAUUAAUUGUUUUAAAUACUCACCUGCCAUAAAUAUAGUUUUCCUGAGCUUAGAUUGUAAGUUUUGGCAAGUCAUGUUCUUAACAUGAAGUUUUAUUGGCUUUUUAGUGAGUUUUCUCUAGCUAAGGUUUCUUGGCAUAUCUUGCACUUAGAUUUAUGGUGACGUUUGAACUAUAGCUAAUAAGCACAUGGUCUGUUCGCAUCAGUACAGUUUAUUUUUUUCCUUCUGUGAUCUUUGCUGUGAUUUUUAUUUUGAAUUAUUACAAGGACAGCACUACUGUUUGCGUUUUCUUAUAAAUGUGUAAUUCAGGGUGGGACAACGUUGUGCUGCGAAGGAACGUUUGGAUCCAGCCUCUUAUCGAUGUGAAUUAGCAAGCCCAAGUGUGAUGGGCGAUGUACUCUAUUCAUAGGAGGAGGGACAGUAAAGUGGAAGAUGACACAAGGUUGAGCCCAAGCUUCUGAUUUGUCAUUGCUGUACUGGAUAGCUCUGGGACUCUUCCAGUCAUGAUGACUUCCUCAUCUUACUCUCUGUGACUUCAUUGUUUCUAUGACAAACAUGUCUGCAAAUAUUCCUGUUCAAUAAAUUGCUAGAAGUGAG